AUGAAGUUGACACUGGUCGGCAGCAUAGCGCUGACGUGUGCCCUGGUCGUCGUGGUCUUUGCCUUCUCCUUGUAUGAGUCAUGGCUGUUGCUGGUGCUUUAUCUGGUGAAGUACGUCUUUGGUGACAGUGCGGUGAUGCCGCUGUUUCGCCUCAACAAAGUACGCUACAACUUUGUGCAGCGUGCGUACCUAUGCUGGGUGGAUUGCUUGUUGGAGAACAUGCUGGGUACCCGUGUUGCCUACACUGUCGUUGAUAGCGAUGGCCAGGAGCACCUGGAGCAGCACUAUAUAACAACCAUGCGCAAUGAGGAGGGCGCAAUGGAGAGGUACCUAGACUUGGACAAGGUGCUGCGGCCGCCGUCGCAGCCCGGAAAGGUCAAGAUCAUCAUCAUGAAUCACCACUGCCGCAUCGAUUGGGUCUACACGUUCCUUUACUUUGCCCGUACCCGAAGGCUGAUUAGCCACAUUCGCUACGUCAUGAAAGGAAAUCUGAAGCAGCUCCCGAUUCUGGGCUGGUGUAUGGAGCUCUUUCGCUACCUCUUCCUGGCGCGCAACUGGGAAAGCGACAAGGUGCACAUCCAGCGCAUGGUCGACUUCUACAACGCCACCAAUGACACCCCUGUCAUUGUCAUCUUCCCGGAAGGCACCGACCUCUCGCCAAGCAACGUCCAGGUGUCGCAGGCGUAUGCUGCGAAGGCUGGGCUGCCGAAGUUCCACCAUGUGCUGAAUCCGCGUACCACUGGCACUGUGGCGCUCAUGAACAUGCUAGGUGGUGCCGACAAGGUGGAGGAGGUGGUGGACCUCACUAUCGCCUACACGCUCCACGCCUCAGGGGAGCGCCCGAACGAGGCGUCACUCGUCAAUGGCCAUCACCCAAAGAAAGUGCACCUGCUGAUCAACAGUUACCCUGUCGCAGGCACAGCGGCCGCGGCAGCGCAGAAAAAACCAACGCACGUUUGCCCCACCGAGGAGGUCGCCCUCACCGCAUGGAUCCAUGAGCGCUUCGCGGAGAAGGAGCUGUUGCUGUCGCGGUUCCUCCUGUCGAACCCAAUCGGCUUUGACGCCGCCGAUGUGCGGGCGGUGCUCGGCGAAGACGUCGGCAUCGCCGGCUACGACGACGACGAGGAGCGCCUGCGCCACCCCAACCGGCCGUGGUGGAGACGGUACUACCAGCAGGUUGGCCUCUUCGGCGCUGUCAUCACGCCCGUGUACUGGUUAGCCCCGCCCCUUUACUGCGCCUUCUUCAUCCGCUGGUGGCUGAUGAUGUUGUGGAUAUCCGCCAUGCUUUUGGCCUUCACGAUGGGCUUCAAGGCGGCUGGCGGGGUUCAGGAGUCGCUUUACCUCAAGGUGGUGGCGCCGGAGGCCACGCUGAUGCAGCAGCUGCGUCGCAUGCUGGGGCGUCGACAGAUGAGGAUGGAUAAGAAGAGCAAUUGA